CUGUUCUGGUACAGCCACGCUCAACGCUGGCUCUGAGCCUACCCCUAGCUUGGGGCUUGUGACUUUGCCAUUCUGUGCCGGAGUUGGGGUGGGGGCAGAGGGUGGUCUCACCUGCCUCAUCCUAGUGGUGGAGAUCAAGGCCUCUGAAGAUGGGCUCCCAUCCUCCGGGGUGGUGGCAUUUUCUGACUCCAGAGGGGGUCUCAAGCCUGUCCCACUUGUGGGAGGCUGAGAGGUGGUGCUUCCAGUUUUAGACCCAUGAUGGCUGAAAGGCACAGACCUGCUCACGUCAGAAUGGCCAGUCUGGAUGCCUUCAGGUUACACGUGCAGAAACUGAGACCCAGGCAAGGGCAGUCCCUUCCUCCUCCAGGGUCACUCCGGUUAGAGGGGCUUGGACCCCCAGUUUCUAGACUCUGUCAUCAUUCUGCUCCCAGUCCUCAAAGACUGACAGAACGUGGCUUAAGUACCUACUAAGUGCAGGAGUCUGCUGGCUGCUGGAGUCGCGAAACAGCUGCCCUCAAGAGCUUCUUGCCAAACACGUGAACUCCAGGCCAACACGCAGGUGCAGGCAGGUGCUGGCUUUGUCCGCAGACUCCGUACUGUAUGAGAUGCUCCCCUCUUCAUCCUCCAGUGAGGGCAAGGAGCCCUGCGGGAGAAAGCAGGGUCCAAGUGUAGAUCUAUGGUGGAAAGAUCACAGAUGGGAGGGCCAGAGAUGCCUUUUUAUUCCCUUGGGUCUUGAGCUGUAUCUCCUAUAGCCUCUAAAGCUGAAACUUCUCUCUUUUUAAAAGGACCCCUGACUGCCCCAUUUCCUGACCAGCACCCUCCAUCCCAUGGUCUCCCCAGUUUCCUUUGUUGCUUCAGUUCCGAUUCCGAUACCCUGGUUCCGGGCCCUGCCAGAGUUCUGGUUCCAGAAGGCCCCUCCCAGGUGCCUUAGGCCUCCCUCCCACCUGGGCACAAGGCAACGCUGAAGACAUGGGCAAGAGCAUCCCCCAAUACCUAAGGCAACUGGACAUCCGCAAAAGUGUAAUGAGCCUGGCCACAGGCGCCGGGGCCGUCUACCUGCUCUACAAGGCCAUCAGGGCCGGCAUAAAAUGCCAACCGCCCCUUUGUUCCAACUCACCCGCCUGUAUCGCCCGUGAGUGUCCGGGCCCUGGGGAGAGGGCUCUGCCCCAGGAGGCACCUGCUCCCGAGGUCUCCGAUGUGGGAGGGCCCAAAGGCCUGGCAAUCGAACGAGAGCGGCACGGGCGGGACUCAGGCGAGGUCCGGAGGCUCCUCAACUCUUUGGAGUGUAGACACGAUGAGUACGCCAAGAGCAUGAUCCUGCACAGUAUCACGCGCUGCGUGUACUUGCUGGAGGCUGAGGCCUCUGCUUGUACUACCGAUGACAUCGUGUUGGUGGGCAGCAUGCUGGAGGACAAGGACAACAGUGUCAAAAUCCAAGCUCUGAACUCACUUAAAGCUUUCUCUGGCAUCAGAAAAUUCAGGCUCAAAAUCCAGGAACACUCCAUCAAGGUCCUGGAACUGAUCUCCACCGUCUGGGACACAGAGCUGCACGUUGCGGGCCUCAGACUGCUCAACAACCUUCCCUUGCCCGACUAUGUGCAUCCGCAGUUGCGACGGGUGAUGCCUGCCUUGAUGGAGAUCCUGCAGUCAGACCACAUCCUGGCACAGGUGCAAGCCGUACGGUUGCUGAGCUACCUGGCACAGAAGAAUGACCUCCUCUAUGAUAUUCUCAACUGCCAGGUGCACUCCAACUUCCUGAAUCUGUUCCAGUCCACAAAGCCAGGGAGUCUCCUGUUUGAGGUACUGGUGUUUGCUGAGCGGCUGAGUGAGGGCCAGAAUGCAUCCCACUACCGCGCCGUGAAAUGGCAUUACAACGAACAGUCUCUGCACGAAGCUCUCUUUGGGGACGAGUCGCGCCUGGCAGACCGGCUGCUUGCCCUGGUCAUCCACCCUGAGGAGGAUGUUCAGAUCCAGGCCUGCAGGGUCAUAGUCAGCCUGCAGUGCCCCCCGGACUUGGGAGUCCGGCCCUCCUGCCAGCCCAGUCAUUCCUACUUUAAAUGCGGGGAAUAAAAUUACGGAGAGCCAAUAAAUGAGUAUGGACAGGAGCUUGAA